AUGGUCUUUUACCCCCCUCCUUGGGUCCCGAAGCUCCCAUUCGACCCCCCUGAUUCGAUUACCAUUGGAGAGUUUAUGAAGAAUGAGAUCUACGGUCGUCGCCCAAUCGCAAAGAGCCGGAAUCCCUUCACCUGCGGCUUGACAGGCAAGACAUAUGGUGUAACCGAGCAGCACAACCGCACCGAGCUUCUCGCGAGGGCCUUGUCUAAGGUUAUGGGCUGGGAGCCAAAUGUUGAUUCGCCGUGGGACAAGGUCAUUGCUGUUUUCUCUGUCAAUACUAUUGACUACCUGUCUGUGCUUCAUUCAGUCCACCGACUGUCCGGUAUCGCUACACCUGCCAAUGUCGCCUACUCAGCCGGAGAGCUUGAACACCAGCUUCGUUCCUCAGGAGCCAAGGCACUGUUCACCUGUGUGCCAGUUUUGGAGACCGCCUUGACGGCUGCAAAGGCGGUAGGAAUUCCAGAUGACAAGAUCUUUAUCAUGGAUGCGCCAGUGCAUUCAAAGAAACUCCCCUACAAGACUGUGGAUGACUUGAUUCAACUGGGUCAGUCCGUACCUGAGCUCGAGCCCCUGAAAUGGGUUAAGGGUCAGGGUGAGAGACAAGUGGCAUUUUUGUGCUACUCCAGCGGUACUUCUGGUCUGCCAAAAGCUGUCAUGAUCUCGCACAAGAACGUUAUUGCGAACACCAUGCAAUUUUGCAUCUACGACUCAGUCUCAAGAGAAAAGUUUGGGGUGGAAACACAAACGGCUUUGGGAUUGCUGCCAUUCAGCCACAUUUAUGGGCUGGUGGUCAUCGCUCAUUCUUCAGUUUGGAGAGGCGAUGGCGUCAUUGUCCUCCCCAAGUUUGAUCUAACAGAGUAUCUCCAGGCCAUUGAAAGGUUCAAGAUCAACUAUCUUCCUUUGGUUCCUCCAAUCGUCAUCCGUAUGUUGAGUAGCAGAGACAUCCUCAAGAAAUAUGACCUGAGCAGUGUCAGACUUCUCUUUACCGGAGCAGCGCCUCUUGGAAAGGAGACAGCUGAGGAGCUCCUGAAGAUCUACCCAACGUGGCAUGUGGGUCAGGGAUACGGCAUGACUGAAUCGGCUACCGUCGUAUGCACCACCAGCGAACACGAUAUCCACCAAGGCACAUCUGGGUCUCUGGUGCCAGGCACACGGGCCAAGAUCAUUGAUCAAGACGGCAAGGAGAUCACCGAGUACAACAAGCCGGGGGAGCUUCUGGUUCAGUCACCCUCCAUCACUCUUGGAUACCUGAACAACGAGAAGGCUACCGCCGAAGCUUAUGUCUGGGAUGAGGAUGGAAGAUGGCUGAGGACCGGCGAUGAGGUCAUUGUCACCAAGGCGCCCAGUGGGUAUGAGCACAUUACCAUUGUGGACCGGCUCAAGGAGUUGAUCAAGGUCAAGGCCCACCAAGUCGCCCCAGCCGAACUCGAAGCCCACCUCCUCACCCACCCAGCCGUCGAUGACUGCGCGGUCAUUGCGGUUCCUGACGAGCGCGACGGCGAAGUACCCAAGGCUUUUGUGGUAACACCGGCGUCCAUGGCCGGGCGGAAGGACGAGGACAUGGCGGCUGAGAUUCUCAAGCAUGUCCAGGAUCACAAGGCGCACUACAAGUGGCUCAAGGGCGGUAUUGAGUUCAUCGAUGCUAUUCCCAAGAGCCCGAGCGGCAAGAUCCUGCGUCGCUUGCUUCGGGAUAAGGAGAGGGAGGCAAGGAGAGCGGCGGGCGCGAAGCUUUGA